AUGGAGCUGACUCAGGUGCUGCCGGAGGAAUUGCUCGCCGAAGUACUCCGCCGCGUCGAGCCACACGGCCUCGCCGCGUGCCGCUGCGCCUGCAAGGCCCUGCUCGCCGUCAUCGACGCCCGACGCCUGCUGCACGCGGACCUCCUCCCGCUCUCCGUCGGCGGCAUCUUCAUCAACUUCCACAGCGAAGAUGCGUCAGAGUUCUUCGCCCGUCCCCCCACGGGCCCCACCAUCUCCGGCAGCUUCGACUACCUGCCCCCUACCGAUGGCCACUCCCACUACCUUGGUAAAACUGAGGAUCACUGCAAUGGCCUUCUUUUACUCGAGGAUUACUCGGAGAAUUAUUAUGUGGUUAACCCGGCAACUAGGCAGUACGAUUCUUUGCCGCACCACCCGUCCAUGUCCCAGUACAAGGAGAUGGAUGCGGACUUCAGAUACCAAGAGUACCUCGUGUUUGAUCCCAUGGCAGCGCCCCAUUAUCACGUGUUUGUGAUCCCAAAUCCUUUGCGCAAAAGGAAGCCCGAAGAUUUUGGUUAUGACAGAACGGUGGACGAAUUGGACCCUGUUAUGGAGAAAUCCGAAUGGCCGCCAUCUGUGUGGGCUCUGCACGUCUUCUCCUCGAGGUCGGGCCGUUGGGAGGAGAGGUCUUUCAUUCGAGAUGGGAAGGCUGCAGGCACCGUCGCUGAUGUGCGGCGGCAUUCGGGCUGGUGCUAUGACAAGCAUUAUGCUGUCUACUGCCGGGGUGCACUCUACGUGCACUGCAAAGCUGAUUUCGUUAUGAGGAUCUCUUUGUCAAAUGAUAAGUACCAAGUAAUUAAACCACCGGAACUGGGCGAGUGCCGAAAGCUCCAUCUUGGACGAUCAGAAAAAGGGAUCUACUUUGCAUCUAUUUGUGAAAGGUCUCGUCUUCUGGUUUGGGUCCUUGACGAAUCGUCUCGCCAGCCGAAUUGGGUGUUGAAUCAUAGCAAUUGCCUUCCACCCAUAUUGGAUCGUCAUGUUCUUGGCCCAUGGGUCUUACAAGAUAUCAACUUUAAUCAGUAUCUCAAAGAGACAAAAGGGCACAAUGAAGAAGGUGAAGAUACGGGAUACGUGAAAUAUCUAAAAGAAAAGAAACUAGAGUUGAACUCCGGUAAGGAAGAGCUAGUGGAAGAAAAGUUUGAAUGGGACUUUGAAAAUGACAACACACUUCACAAGGAAGAUGUGGUUGAUGCUGGCAAUGGAUACUUUGGUAUCCUUGGAUUCCAUCCAUAUAAAGAGAUUGUCUUUCUAUAUGUAAAUAUGAAGAGAGGGUUGGCCUAUCAUUUGAAAGAUUUAAAGGUUCAGGACCUGGGCCAUUUAUACCCAACAACUUGUCAUUUAGCAUUGACGAACGAGUGUUUCAUAACCGAGUCAUUCCCAUACACACUCUGCUGGACAGGGCACGAGUAA